AAAUGCUCGUGGCGCGGGGCUCCCGUGUGGAGGGAGCAGAGAGACCUCGGACAGACGGACGUCGCGCCAGCCUUGUCGCCACAGGACACAAGUGGACCUUGGGCAAGUUCUGCGUUACCAGUUGUCCGUGAUGAACGGCCAGGCCCCUCCUCGUGAUGUCGUGGUUGCCAACGGCACUGAGCAGUCAGUUGUCCCUACAAUCAUGACGCACCAGAUGGGAGCCUGCACUCCUUCGGGGCCCCAAGCAGCGGCUGCCCCGCCUACCACAGGCAGAAGUAUUGCUGGGGUGUAUGUGGAGGCCUCAGGGCAGACCCAGAGCUUUUAUGCUGCCAUGAAGCAGGGCCUCCUGCCCACUGGGCUUGGGUUGGCUUUGCUUGAGGCCCAGGCAGCCACUGGGGGCCUCGUGGACCUUGCCCAGGGCCAGCUGCUUCCUGUGUCUGAGGCCCUAAGGCGGGGUCUGGUGGGAUUGGAGCUAAAGGAGAAAUUGUUGGCUGCUGAGCGUGCAGUUACUGGCUAUCCCGACCCCUAUGGGGGUGGAAAGCUGGCCCUCUUCCAGGCCAUCGGGAAGGAGGUUGUAGACAGGACCCUGGGGCAGAGAUGGCUGGAGGUCCAGAUAGCUACUGGGGGCCUAAUGGACCCAGCGCAGGGUGUGAAAGUGGCUCCAGAGCUAGCCUGCCUGCAGGGCCUUUUAGAUAAGGAGACAUGGCUCAGCCUGUUAGAGUCAGAGUCCAGCACGGGUGCCCCAGGUUUCUUUGACCCCAACACGCUGGAGCAGCUACCAUACUGCACGCUGCUGGGUAGGUGCGUGCAAGACCCCAGCUCGGGGCUGCCUCUGUUGCCCUUGAAGACCACCUUCCGCACCCUGAGUGGGGCAGCCAGCGUGUCAAUGCUGCUGGAGGCAGGAGUACUGGAUGAGGAGACAGUCCGAGGCCUGCAGGAGGGCACGCUGGUGGUGGCAGAUGUGGGCACACGACCCGAGGUGCAGCGCUAUCUGGAGGGCACCGGGGGGCUGGCAGGGGUUGUCUUGUUACCCGGAGGCCACAAGAAGAGCUUUUUCCAGGCUACAGUUGAACACUUGCUCUCAAGGGGCGUUGCGCUGCAACUCUUAGAGGCCCAGGCUGCCACCCGCACCCUCGUGCACCCAGCCACAGGCCAGCGUCUUUGGGUGGAAGAGGCGGUCAAGGCAGGCCUGGUUGGCCCAGAACUCCACGAGCAGCUCCUGGUGGCAGAGCAGGCGGUGACAGGGUAUUACGACCCCUUCAGCAGCUCCUGCAUCCCCCUUUUCCAGGCUAUGAAGAAGGAGCUUGUGGACCAGCCCCUGGCUCUGCGCCUCCUGGAUGCCCAGCUGGCCACAGGUGGCCUUAUAUGCCCAGCCCGUAAAUUCCGGCUGCCCUUGGAGGCUGCCCUGCGCUUUGGCUGCCUGGAUGAAGAGACUCAGCAAUGUCUUUCUCAGGCAGCGGGUUUUUUAGAUCCCACCACACAUGAUAGCCUUCGCUAUGAGCAGCUCUUGGUCCGCUCUGUCACUGACCCAGAGACAGGGCUCGCUUUCCUGCCCCUCCCUGGAGAACCCCAUGCAAAUGAGCCUCAGGGACCCACCACAUUCAUUGAUCAUUGUACUCGGCAGGUCUUGAGCAAGGCUACAACCUCCAUCUCUGUAGGGAGGUAUCAGGGCCGGCCUGUAUCCCUCUGGGAACUGCUCUUUUCUGACGCAGUUCCCGUUAAGCAGAGGGCAAUGCUUGCCCAGCAGCACCAGGAAGGGGCCCUGUCAGUGGAGGAGCUGGCAGCUGAGCUGAAGACCAUUGUUGAGCAGGCUGCAGCCACUGCCAAAGUCACUUUUGCUGGGUUGAGGGACACCGUGACACCAGGAGAACUGCUGAAGGCUGAGAUCAUCAACCAGGACCUGUUUGAGCAGCUGGAACGUGGACAGACCUCAGCCCAAGAUGUGGGCAACCUGGAUUCGGUGCAGAGGUACCUGCAGGGCACAGGUUGCAUUGCAGGCCUAUUGCUGCCUGACUCCCAAGAACGCCUCAGCAUUUACGAGGCCCGUAGCAAGGGCCUCCUCAGGCCCGGGACUGCUCUGAUAUUGCUUGAGGCCCAAGCUGCCACGGGCUUUAUCAUCGACCCAAAAGAGAACAAGAGAUACUCCGUGGAGGAGGCCCUGAGGGCUGGUGUCAUUGGGCCCGAUGUAUAUGCAAAGCUGCUGUCUGCAGAACGUGCAGUGACCGGCUACACAGACCCCUACUCUGGGGAGCAGAUCUCACUCUUCCAGGCCAUGCAGAGGGACCUUAUUGUCAGAGACCACGGCAUCCGCUUGCUGGAGGCCCAGAUUGCUACGGGUGGGGUCAUCGACCCCAUGCACAGCCACCGCCUGCCCGUGGACGUGGCCUACCAGCGCGGCUACUUUGACCAGAUGCUGAACUCUAUCCUGUUGGACCCGUCUGAUGACACCAAGGGCUUCUUCGACCCCAACACGCACGAGAACCUCACCUACCUGCAGCUUCUGGAGCGCUGUGUCCAUGACCCGGAGACGGGCCUGCACCUCCUGCCCCUGAGCAGUACACGACCCCAGCUGGUAGAUAGCUCCACCCGGCAGGCCUUCCAGAACCUGCUGCUAUCCGUGAGAUAUGGACGGUUCCGGGGGCAAAGAGUUUCUGCGUGGGAGCUGAUUAACUCGGAAUAUUUCAGAGAGGACUGGAGGAGGCAGCUGCUGCAGCGUUAUCGGAGGCGCAAGGUCACGCUGGAGCAGGUCACUCAGCUGUUGGAGAAAGAGAUGAGGAGGUGGGCAGACAUCACACUGCCUGCGUUACAGGGCCGAGUCACGGCCUACCAGCUCCUGGAGGCCCGCAUCAUCACCCAGGAGCUCCUGGACCAGGUUUUGACUGGAACGGUCAGCCCAGACACCCUUCUUCACAUGGACCAUGUUCGCAGGCACCUUCGGGGCUCAGGCACUGUAGGCGGUGUGCUAUUACAACCCUCUAACCAGCGGCUCAGUCUCUACCAGGCCAUGAGGCAGAAGCUCCUGGCGCCUAGCGUAGCCCUGGCUUUGCUGGAGGCCCAGGCAGCCACGGGAGCCAUCACGGACCCCCGCAGUCUGGAGACCCUGUCGGUAGAUGAGGCUGUGUGCAGGGGAGUGGUGGGAGCAGAAGUGUAUGGCAAGCUGAAACGAGCAGAGCAUUCUAUCACUGGCUACAGAGACCCCUUUUCUGGGAAGAAGGUGUCCCUGUUCAGGGCCAUGAAGAAGGGCCUUAUCCCUGUGGAGCAGGCAACCCGCCUACUAGAAGCCCAGGUAUCCACUGGAGGGGUCGUUGAUCCCACAACCCACCUCCAUCUCCCCAUGCCUGAGGCAGUCCAGCGUGGCUGCAUCGAUCUGGAGAUGGAAGCGACCUUGUCCAGCUCUCCUGAGACCUUCCCCACACCUGAUGGCCGGGGACACACCAGCUAUGCCCAGCUUCUGGAGCAGUGUCUCCAGGACAAAGCCUCCGGGCUUCACCUCCUGCCUCUGACAGAAGAUGCUCCUACAGUCCCCACAGACACACAGAUCCAGGAGACCCUGCAGGCCUCAGCUGGCACCGAUGAUGGUUUGUCCCUCUGGGACCUGCUCACCUCUUGCUACUUUACUGAGGAGCAGCGCAGAGGCUUCCUUGAGGACGUGAGGGUUGGGAAGACUUCUGUGCCGCAGCUGCAAGAGACUGUGCGCGCCUGGGUGCAGGAAGCAAAGCUCCUGGCCCGGGCCCGCAUCACUGUGCCGGGCCCUCGGGGUGAGGUCCCUGCCAUUUGGCUAAGAGAUGCUGGUGUUAUCACCCAAGAGACACUGGAAAUGCUGGCACAGGGUGUGCAGUCACCUGCUGAGGUAGCCAAACAGCCUGCUGUGAAGGCCUGCCUCUGGGGCACAGGCUGUGUGGCCGGUGUGCUGCUGCAGCCCUCGGGGACCAAGAUGAGCAUUGCCCAGGCUGUAAAAGAUGGCCUCCUGCCCACAGGCCUCGGCCAGCAGCUGCUGGAGGCCCAAGUGGCGUCUGGCUUCCUUGUCAAUCCGCUAACCAACCAGAGAUUGUCAGUGGAGGGUGCAGUGAAGGCUGGCCUGGUGGGCAGGGAGCUGAGCGAACAGCUUAGGCAAGCGGAAAGGGCUGUGACGGGAUACCCAGACCCCUAUUCAGGAGGCUCCCUCUCUCUAUGGCAGGCCAUGGAGAAGGGGCUUGUCCCCCAGAGUGAGGCUUUUCCUCUCCUGCAAGUGCAGCUGGCCACAGGCGGUGUUGUGGACCCCGUCCACGGAGUGCACCUGCCCCAGGCAGCGGCCUGCAAGCUUGGCCUCCUAGACGAACCGACCAGCCAGAUGCUGGCCACCACUGAGAAGGAAAACAAGCUCUUUUUUGACCCCAACUCCCAUGAAAAGGUGACAUACCGGCAGCUCAAGGAACUCUGUGUGCUGGAUGCUGACACCAGCCUGUGGCUGCUGCCACUGACCCAGAACACUGUGCUUGAAGUGGAUGACCACACUGCAGUGGCUCUGAGGGCCAUGAAGGUGCCCAUCAGCAUGGGGAGGUUCCAAGGACACAGCGUGUCACUCUGGGACCUGCUACACUCUGAGUACGUUGGAGCCGAAAAGCGGAGGGAGCUGGUGGCACUUUGUUGUUCCGGGAGGGCUGCUGCCCUGCGGCAGGUCAUCAGUAUGGUCACCACCCUGGUGGAGGCUGCAGAGAAGCAGCCCCCACAGGCCACCUUCAAAGGGCUCCGGAAGCAGGUUUCAGCUGGGGACUUGUUUAGAUCCCAGCUGAUCAACAAGCAGACGCUGGAUGAACUCAAUCAGGGGAAGAGGACGGUCCAGGAAGUGACAGAGAUGGACAGUGUGAGGAGGUCCCUGGAAGGAGGCAACUUCAUUGCUGGGGUCCUUAUUCAGGGCACAAAAGAGAGGAUGAGCAUCCCGGAGGCCUUGAGAAGGCGCAUUCUGAGGCCAGGCACAGCCCUGGUGCUGCUGGAAGCUCAGGCAGCCACCGGGUUCAUCAUUGACCCUGUGGAGAACCAGAGGCUAACUGUAGAGCAGGCCUUCCAGGCAGGGAUGUUCGGCAAGGAAACCUACACAAAGCUCUUGUCAGCCGAGCGUGCUGUCACUGGGUACACGGACCCUUACACUGGAGAACAGAUCUCCCUCUUCCAGGCCAUGCAGAGGGACCUGAUUGUCAAGGACCACGGCAUCCGCCUCCUGGAGGCCCAGAUUGCCACGGGCGGCAUCAUCGACCCUGUCCACAGCCACCGAGUGCCCGUGGACGUGGCCUACCAGCGCGGCUACUUCAAUGAGGAGAUGAACCGCAUCUUGGCUGACCCGAGCGAUGACACCAAGGGCUUCUUUGACCCCAACACUCACGAGAACCUCACCUACCUGCAGCUGCUGGAGCGCUGCGUGGAGGACCCCGAGACGGGCCUGUUCAUGUUGGAAAUUGUAAAGAAAGGAGAAACCUGCACAUACAUUGAUGAGGCCACAAGGCAAGCUCUGAGGUCCAGAACUAUGAAAAUGUACGUAGGGAAGUUUGCAGGCCAGACGGUGUCUGUGUGGGACCUGCUCUCUUCCCAGUAUUUUACAGAAGGAAGGAAAAGAAAGCUUUUGCGGGACUACAGAUCCCAGAACAUAGGCCUAGAGAAACUUCUAGAGGUUAUCACCUCCACGGUGGAAGAAACAGAGAAGCAAAACCAAAAAUUCAAGGUGGCAGGCAUCCAUGGCGAAGUGACAGCCACGGAGCUGUUCAACUCUGGGAUCCUCGACAGGAAGACGCUGGAUGCACUCCACAGUGGGGAGAGGAGGAGUCAGGACCUCAGCAGACUGGAGCAGGUAAAGAGCUACCUAGAAGGCAGCAGCUGCAUUGCCGGGGUGACCACACCCCUAACCCGGGAAGUGAUGAGUCUCUAUGCCGCCGGCAGGGAAGAACUCAUCCCUGCAGGGUUUGCAGCUCAGUUGCUGGAGGCACAGGCUGCCACCGGGUACCUAAUGGACCCCUGCACCCACCAGAGGCUGAGCGUGGAUGAGGCCAUCGCAUCUGGCCUGGUGGGUGAAGACCUGAGGGAAAGACUUGUGAAUGCAGAGAAGGCAGCGAAGGGCUACGAAGACCCAGCCACGGGGGAGACUAUCCCACUGUUCCAGGCCAUGGAGAAGAAGCUGGUCAGGAGGGAGGAAGCACUGAGGCUUCUGGAGGUGCAGGUGGCCACAGGAGGGGUCAUUGACCCACUGCACCACCACCGCGUGCCCCUGGAGGUAGCCUGCAGGCGCAGCUGUCUCUGUGAUGACAUGGUAGUGCUCGUUGCUGAUCAGAAACACAUGAGGAAAAGGUUUGUGGAUCCCAACACGCAGGAGAAGGUCACAUACCAGGAGCUGCAGGACAGGUGCCAGAGGGAGGAGAAGUCAGGCUGGGCUCUGUUCCCAGUGGUCAAGGACAAAAAGGACAUGGAGUAUGUUGACGAGGCCACCAAAAGGGCCCUGGAGGCAGAGCAGGUGGAGGUGACUGUGGGGAGGUACAGAGGCCAGAGGAUAUCCGUGUGGGAGCUCCUGAACUCAGAGUAUGUGUCACAGGACAAAAAGAUGGAGUUAGUUAGGCUAUACAAAGAAGACACAGAGCGGGCACUGCAGAAAGUGGUAAAACUUAUCCUACAAAUGAUUGCAGACAAGGAGGGCAAAAGCCGGCAGCUCUGGUUCCGAGGAUUACGAAUGCAGGUGACAGCAGAGGAACUGCUCAGCUCAGCCGUCAUCACAAAGCAGACCCUGAAGGACCUGGAAGAAGGCAGAACCACAGUAGAUCAGAUUGAAAGGAAUGAAGAUGUGAGGAGAUACCUCAAAGGCACCAGCUGCAUUGCGGGCGUCCUGGUACCCGUGCAUGGAGAGCCCGGGCGCCAGGAGAAGAUGAGCAUCUAUCAGGCCAUGUGGAAGGGUGUGCUGAGGCCCGGCACGGCCCUGGUGCUGCUGGAGGCCCAGGCGGCCACUGGCUUCAUCAUCGACCCGGUGCACAACCGCAGGCUGUCUGUGGAGGAGGCCGUGGCAGAGGGCGUGGUGGGGGGCGAGGUCCAGGAGAAGCUGCUGUCUGCCGAGCGGGCGGUGACGGGCUACACGGACCCCUACACGGGGGAGCAGAUCUCCCUCUUCCAGGCCAUGCAGAGGGACCUGAUCGUCAAGGACCACGGCAUCCGCCUGCUGGAGGCCCAGAUCGCCACGGGUGGGGUCAUCGACCCCAUGCACAGCCACCGCCUGCCCGUGGACGUGGCCUACCAGCGCGGCUACUUUGACGAGGAGAUGAACGGCAUCCUGGCCGACCCCGGGGACGACACCAAGGGCUUCUUUGACCCCAACACGCACGAGAACCUCACCUACCUGCAGCUGCUGCGCCGCUGUGUGCGGGACCCGGACACUGGGCUGUACAUGCUGCAGCUGGCAGGAAAGGGCUCCAGUGUGCACCAGCUGAGCCAGGAGCUGAGGCGCGCCCUUCGGGAGGCCCGUGUGACCCCGGGAUCAGGCGACUUCCAGGGUCAGAGCGUCUCAGUGUGGGAGCUCCUCUUCUACCGCGAGGUGCCCGAGAGCCUGCGCCAGGACCUGCUGCGUCGCUACCAAGCUGGCGGGCUGACCGUUCAGGACCUGAGUGCCACCCUCACCUCGCUGCUGGCCCGGGCCAAGGACGGCAGCCCAGGAGUGGAUGCCCGGGAGGCCCUGGGCAAGGCCACCAUGCAGGUCAAAAGGGGGCCUCUCCGGGGACGAGAGGUCCCCGUGUGGGACGUCCUGGCAUCCAGCUAUGUGAGAGAGGACACCCGGAAGGAGCUGCUGGCCCAGUUCAGCUCUGGGACGCUGACUCUGCCCAUGCUGAGGAGAAGGCUGACCACCAUCAUCGAGGAGGCCGAGGAAACGCAGGAGGCUGAGGACACGCAGGAGGCCGACCCAAAGCGGAGCAUCCCCUCCCUGGACCAACAGGAGCCUGGAGCCGGGAGCUCGGAGACCCUCCCAGACAAGGGCGAGGUCCAGGAGGACGCUGAGAGGGCCAGGCAGCAGCAGGAGCAGGCUCUGCGAGCCGCCACCAUGCAGGUUCAGCGUGGACAGUUCCGGGACCAGCGGGUUUCCGUGUGGAAGGUGCUGUUCUCCUCCUACCUGAGCCAGGCCCGCCGCGAGGAGCUGCUGGCCCGCCACCUGGCCGGCACCCUGGGCCUGGACCAGCUGAUCUCCAUCCUCACCCAGGUCAUCCAGGAGACAGAAGAAGGGCUCAGCAAGGUGUCUUUCCGUGGCCUGAGGCGCCAGGUGACGGCCUCUGAGUUGCACACGUCCGGGAUCCUGGACCCCGAGACCCUGCGGGAUCUGGCCCAGGGGACCAAGAGCCUGCGGGAGGUGACAGAGAUGGACUCUGUCAAGCGCUACCUGGAGGGCACCAGCUGCAUUGCGGGCGUCCUGGUACCCGUGCAUGGAGAGCCCGGGCGCCAGGAGAAGAUGAGCAUCUAUCAGGCCAUGUGGAAGGGCGUGCUGAGGCCCGGCACGGCCCUGGUGCUGCUGGAGGCCCAGGCGGCCACAGGCUUCAUCAUCGACCCGGUGCACAACCGCAGGCUGUCUGUGGAGGAGGCCGUGGCAGAGGGCGUGGUGGGGGGCGAGGUCCAGGAGAAGCUGCUGUCUGCCGAGCGGGCGGUGACGGGCUACACGGACCCCUACACGGGGGAGCAGAUCUCCCUCUUCCAGGCCAUGCAGAGGGACCUGAUCGUCAAGGACCACGGCAUCCGCCUGCUGGAGGCCCAGAUCGCCACGGGUGGGGUCAUCGACCCCAUGCACAGCCACCGCCUGCCCGUGGACGUGGCCUACCAGCGCGGCUACUUUGACGAGGAGAUGAACGGCAUCCUGGCCGACCCCGGGGACGACACCAAGGGCUUCUUUGACCCCAACACGCACGAGAACCUCACCUACCUGCAGCUGCUGCGCCGCUGUGUGCGGGACCCGGACACUGGGCUGUACAUGCUGCAGCUGGCAGGAAAGGGCUCCAGCGUGCACCAGCUGAGCCAGGAGCUGAGGCGCGCCCUUCGGGAGGCCCGUGUGACCCCGGGAUCAGGCGACUUCCAGGGUCAGAGCGUCUCAGUGUGGGAGCUCCUCUUCUACCGCGAGGUGCCCGAGAGCCUGCGCCAGGACCUGCUGCGUCGCUACCAAGCUGGCGGGCUGACCGUUCAGGACCUGAGUGCCACCCUCACCUCGCUGCUGGCCCGGGCCAAGGACGGCAGCCCAGGAGUGGAUGCCCGGGAGGCCCUGGGCAAGGCCACCAUGCAGGUCAAAAGGGGGCCUCUCCGGGGACGAGAGGUCCCCGUGUGGGACGUCCUGGCAUCCAGCUAUGUGAGAGAGGACACCCGGAAGGAGCUGCUGGCCCAGUUCAGCUCUGGGACGCUGACUCUGCCCAUGCUGAGGAGAAGGCUGACCACCAUCAUCGAGGAGGCCGAGGAAACGCAGGAGGCUGAGGACACGCAGGAGGCCGACCCAAAGCGGAGCAUCCCCUCCCUGGACCAACAGGAGCCUGGAGCCGGGAGCUCGGAGACCCUCCCAGACAAGGGCGAGGUCCAGGAGGACGCUGAGAGGGCCAGGCAGCAGCAGGAGCAGGCUCUGCGAGCCGCCACCAUGCAGGUUCAGCGUGGACAGUUCCGGGACCAGCGGGUUUCCGUGUGGAAGGUGCUGUUCUCCUCCUACCUGAGCCAGGCCCGCCGCGAGGAGCUGCUGGCCCGCCACCUGGCCGGCACCCUGGGCCUGGACCAGCUGAUCUCCAUCCUCACCCAGGUCAUCCAGGAGACAGAAGAAGGGCUCAGCAAGGUGUCUUUCCGUGGCCUGAGGCGCCAGGUGACGGCCUCUGAGUUGCACACGUCCGGGAUCCUGGACCCCGAGACCCUGCGGGAUCUGGCCCAGGGGACCAAGAGCCUGCGGGAGGUGACAGAGAUGGACUCUGUCAAGCGCUACCUGGAGGGCACCAGCUGCAUUGCGGGCGUCCUGGUACCCGUGCAUGGAGAGCCCGGGCGCCAGGAGAAGAUGAGCAUCUAUCAGGCCAUGUGGAAGGGCGUGCUGAGGCCCGGCACGGCCCUGGUGCUGCUGGAGGCCCAGGCGGCCACAGGCUUCAUCAUCGACCCGGUGCACAACCGCAGGCUGUCUGUGGAGGAGGCCGUGGCAGAGGGCGUGGUGGGGGGCGAGGUCCAGGAGAAGCUGCUGUCUGCCGAGCGGGCGGUGACGGGCUACACGGACCCCUACACGGGGGAGCAGAUCUCCCUCUUCCAGGCCAUGCAGAGGGACCUGAUCGUCAAGGACCACGGCAUCCGCCUGCUGGAGGCCCAGAUCGCCACGGGUGGGGUCAUCGACCCCAUGCACAGCCACCGCCUGCCCGUGGACGUGGCCUACCAGCGCGGCUACUUUGACGAGGAGAUGAACGGCAUCCUGGCCGACCCCGGGGACGACACCAAGGGCUUCUUUGACCCCAACACGCACGAGAACCUCACCUACCUGCAGCUGCUGCGCCGCUGUGUGCGGGACCCGGACACUGGGCUGUACAUGCUGCAGCUGGCAGGAAAGGGCUCCAGCGUGCACCAGCUGAGCCAGGAGCUGAGGCGCGCCCUUCGGGAGGCCCGUGUGACCCCGGGAUCAGGCGACUUCCAGGGUCAGAGCGUCUCAGUGUGGGAGCUCCUCUUCUACCGCGAGGUGCCCGAGAGCCUGCGCCAGGACCUGCUGCGUCGCUACCAAGCUGGCGGGCUGACCGUUCAGGACCUGAGUGCCACCCUCACCUCGCUGCUGGCCCGGGCCAAGGACGGCAGCCCAGGAGUGGAUGCCCGGGAGGCCCUGGGCAAGGCCACCAUGCAGGUCAAAAGGGGGCCUCUCCGGGGACGAGAGGUCCCCGUGUGGGACGUCCUGGCAUCCAGCUAUGUGAGAGAGGACACCCGGAAGGAGCUGCUGGCCCAGUUCAGCUCUGGGACGCUGACUCUGCCCAUGCUGAGGAGAAGGCUGACCACCAUCAUCGAGGAGGCCGAGGAAACGCAGGAGGCUGAGGACACGCAGGAGGCCGACCCAAAGCGGAGCAUCCCCUCCCUGGACCAACAGGAGCCUGGAGCCGGGAGCUCGGAGACCCUCCCAGACAAGGGCGAGGUCCAGGAGGACGCUGAGAGGGCCAGGCAGCAGCAGGAGCAGGCUCUGCGAGCCGCCACCAUGCAGGUUCAGCGUGGACAGUUCCGGGACCAGCGGGUUUCCGUGUGGAAGGUGCUGUUCUCCUCCUACCUGAGCCAGGCCCGCCGCGAGGAGCUGCUGGCCCGCCACCUGGCCGGCACCCUGGGCCUGGACCAGCUGAUCUCCAUCCUCACCCAGGUCAUCCAGGAGACAGAAGAAGGGCUCAGCAAGGUGUCUUUCCGUGGCCUGAGGCGCCAGGUGACGGCCUCUGAGUUGCACACGUCCGGGAUCCUGGACCCCGAGACCCUGCGGGAUCUGGCCCAGGGGACCAAGAGCCUGCGGGAGGUGACAGAGAUGGACUCUGUCAAGCGCUACCUGGAGGGCACCAGCUGCAUUGCGGGCGUCCUGGUACCCGUGCAUGGAGAGCCCGGGCGCCAGGAGAAGAUGAGCAUCUAUCAGGCCAUGUGGAAGGGCGUGCUGAGGCCCGGCACGGCCCUGGUGCUGCUGGAGGCCCAGGCGGCCACUGGCUUCAUCAUCGACCCGGUGCACAACCGCAGGCUGUCUGUGGAGGAGGCCGUGGCAGAGGGCUUGGUGGGGGGCGAGGUCCAGGAGAAGCUGCUGUCUGCCGAGCGGGCGGUGACGGGCUACACGGACCCCUACACAGGGGAGCAGAUCUCCCUCUUCCAGGCCAUGCAGAGGGACCUGAUCGUCAAGAACCAUGGCAUCCGUCUUUUGGAGGCCCAGAUUGCCACUGGUGGUGUAAUUGACCCAGUCCACAGCCACCGCGUGCCCGUGGAAGUGGCCUACGAACGUGGCUACUUUGAUGAGGAGAUGAACAGCAUCUUGGCAGACCCAGGUGAUGACACCAAGGGCUUCUUUGACCCCAACACGCACGAGAACCUCACCUACCUGCAGCUGUUGCAGAGAGCAACUGUUGACCCUGAAACUGGAUUACUGUUUCUCUCUGUCUCUAAAGAUUGAAUUUUAUAUUAUUUGCUGAGAUUUUAUGGAACAUGCCUCAGCAUUCUCACAGUGUUUGACUUGCAUAGUUAUUAUAUCUUUAUGCUUUCAUGUCUGUUUUAAAUCAGAGUUUGACUUUUAGGUUAUUUUUUUUUCUUCCUCCUCUCCAUGCUUUCCUUUAUUUUAAUUUUUUUGUGCUAUGUAUGUUCCCAUUUUUGUUUUUCCUAUAUAAAUGUUUCAUGUUAUUUCUUA